CUAUUUUGCAUCAUCAAUUUGGACAUUACCUCUUACCCUUUUCCUCCUUCAAAAAGUCCCUUUGUCUACACAUGAAGCUACCCUUCCUUCCUCUAUACUAACUUCAACAACUAUCUCUUUGUCAUCUUGUCAAUCACCAAUUGAUUCUAAUCUAUGUUGCUAUCAUUAGGAAUCAAUUAGAAGGACCCAAAUACUAAAAAAAUCAAUGUUCAACAAAAAUAUGAUGAUCUUCAAUAUAUGCAUUUUCUUGUAUUAUAUAUCACUUCCAAAACACAACAUGCCAAACCCACCAAAAAUAUAGUUCCACUCUUCUCCACCCCAUUUCCUCCAAUAGACCAAAGAUUGAAACUUUACUCACUAUUUCCAAAUGGGUGGGCAAGAUAAUGAUCCAACCAUGGUGAACUCUUCUAUUGCUCUUCUUCAAGAAAGGUUUAGACAAUUGGAGAAAGUGAAAGAAAGGAGAGAAGGUAAACAACUUGUUAGAUUGUUGUCAUCACAAAACAACACUAUACAACAAAGGUUGGUUGAUCCAAAUCAUAGGCCACUUUAUGAUCAUGAUUCUCUUUCUCUUGGACUCAACUUGACUAACAAGCAAAGUGAUCAUCAAAACAACAUGAAAUUAUCAAGCUCAUCUUUGAGUCCAUGGUCACAAGGUGAAUCUUCAACAUCAAGAAAUUUUGACAACUACUCAGAUGUUGAUACUUCACUUCAUCUGUAAAAUAAUCAAUAUAUUUACUUAUGUUUUUAUUUUAUUCAAUAAUCCUUAUAUAUGUGUGUAUAUAUGUGCAUAUAAGAGUGUUCUAUGUUCCUCAUAUCAUUUUGUAGCAUCAAUCAAGGAAGAUUUGCAUCAGUUCUUGACUUUGAUCCCUUGAAAGUAUGUGAGUGAUAUAUUGAAUGGAAAA